AGUGCAUCUUGAAACACAGCACAGUAUCUGUCAUAACACCAGGGUUUUGUCGAUGCAUGACGUGAGACUUUUAACAUUGAAGCAAAGUGUGCUCCUGCUGCUCUAAUUUCACGAAUACUGCUUGCUUUUUUCUAUGAUUCUUGCAGUCAAGCUUUUUUGUGAUAACCUGAAUUUGGACCGGCAGCGGUGACAUUGAGCUCGAGAGCAGCACUGAAUGCUGUCUGAACAUUGUGUUCUAUUUACCAGCUACAGCUAGUCUAACGCAUAUUCUGAAAAUAGAACAUUUCUACCAUUGCUAAAAUAAAAAGAAGAUCAUGUCCUGCACUUGCAGAUCAGCGGCGAGGUUGUUCAUAACCUCUCAAAAAGGUGUCUCCUACUCUCGAGCUCAUGUGUUCUCCAUCAGUAGACCAGGAACACCUGGUGUGCGAUUGACAAGGAGAGCUCCGGUCAGGUCAUUCUCCGAAACAUCUGUAUAUUUUUCAUCUAAAGACGUAAAAGAUGGAGAAGGAGGGAAGAAAUCAGCCAGUGAGACGAAGAGAGGCAGCUCUGGAGGCUCUGGAAAGGGUGGCAGCCAGCUGCGCUGUCCUAAAUGUGGAGACGCCUGCACGCACGUAGAAACCUUUGUGUCUUCAACCCGCUUUGUGAAAUGUGAGAAAUGCCACCAUUUCUUUGUGGUGCUGUCAGAGACAGAUUCUAAGAAGAGCCUAAAUAAGGAGCAGGAAUCAGCCAAUGAAGCUGCUAAACUAGCCUUUCAGCAGAAACCCCCUCCUCCCCCCAAAAAGAUCUACGCUUACCUCGAUAAGUAUGUUGUUGGACAGUCCUAUGCAAAGAAAGUGUUGGCGGUGGCUGUUUACAACCACUACAAGCGCAUCUACAACAACCUCCCUGCCGCUAGUGCCAAGUCUCAGGUGGAAACAGAGAAACAGGCCUCACUCACACCUCGAGAGCUAGAGAUAAGAAGACGAGAGGAUGAAUACAGAUUGACAAAGCUGCUGCAGAUCGCUGGGAUAAAUCCCCAUGGCAAUGCUCUGGGUGCCUCUGUCCAGCAGGCCAAUCAGCAGCCAGCCCAUGAGAAGAGGGGGGGAGAGGUCCUCGACUCCCUCCACACCAACAUCAAACUAGAAAAGAGCAACAUUGUCCUGUUGGGCCCCACUGGGUCAGGCAAAACCCUUCUGGCUCAAACUUUAGCUAAGUGCCUAGAUGUGCCCUUUGCCAUCUGUGACUGUACAACCCUAACCCAGGCCGGGUACGUAGGAGAGGACAUAGAGUCUGUCGUUGCAAAGCUCCUCCAAGAUGCUAACUACUCCGUAGAGAAAGCACAGCAAGGCAUCGUUUUUCUGGACGAGGUGGAUAAAAUUGGCAGUGUGCCCGGAAUCCACCAGCUAAGGGAUGUGGGAGGGGAAGGAGUGCAGCAGGGCCUGCUUAAACUCCUGGAGGGAACCAUAGUCAAUGUGCCUGAGAAGAACUCCAGGAAGCUGCGAGGAGAGACCGUGCAGGUCGACACCACAAACAUCCUGUUUGUAGCCUCUGGUGCCUUUAACGGGCUGGACCGGAUUAUCAGCAGGAGAAAGAAUGAAAAAUACCUUGGCUUUGGGACACCUUCCAACAUGGGGCAGGGCCGGCGGGCGGCGGCUGCAGCCGACCAGGCCAACAGCAGCGGAGAGACGGAUGCGUUGCUGGAGAUGGAGGAGAAGGACCGCCUGCUGAAGCACGUGGAGGCCAGGGACCUCAUCGACUUCGGGAUGAUCCCAGAGUUCGUGGGGCGUCUGCCGGUCGUGGUGCCUCUGCACAGCCUGGACGAGGAGACGCUGGUGCGCAUCCUGACGGAGCCUCGCAACGCCGUGGUGCCGCAGUACCAGGCCCUGUUCAGCAUGGACAAGUGUGAACUGAAUGUUACUCCUGGUGCCUUAAAAGCCAUUGCCAGGAUGGCCCUGGAUAGAAAGACUGGUGCUCGUGGACUACGCUCCAUCAUGGAAAAACUGCUGUUGGAACCCAUGUUUGAAGUGCCAAAUUCUGAUAUCUUGGCUGUUGAGCUCAAUCAAGAUGUAGUCCAAGGGAAAUCUGAACCCAGAUAUAUGAAAGCACCAACAAAGGACCCAUCAGAGGAGGAGUAUGACUCUGGGAUAGAGGAGGACAACUGGCCCCGGCAGGCAGAUGUUGCCAACAACUGAUGCUGGGAUCUCAACUUCUAGUUUGAUAAGAAACAGAGCAAAUGAAUGUGCGUGGAACCAACUAUGGAUUAUAGAUAUAGUUAAUUCUCAAACAUAAUAAUUGAAAUGUAACAGUGAUGUUGAUAAUGGCAUGUACGAUUGGAUCAAUGAGAAGAGAUUCCUUAAAUACAUUACAUUUAAGGACCGAAAUAACCAAAUACUUUCCGAAGAAACUUUUAGUAAAAGUAAGAGCUAAAGAGAUCUUUAGCAGGUAGGUGUUAACCUGCCUGGUUUUAAUACCUAGUGCCACAUAUUCUGAGUAGCAACAUGGUCUGAAUGUGCUUGGAGAACAAUACAAUAUGGCAAUAUAUUUAUAUCAAUUACAAAAUAUGCAUUUUUACAACAUUUUAGUACAGUGGACAACUGGAUACACGUUUUGGAAAGUUAAACUAGUCAAUAAGUUUAAUGUUACAUGUAUUAUGGUCUCAUUGACAUAAUUUAACCAUUUUAACUCUUCGGAUAAACACCAGCAUUCUUUACACAAUAAGAUCUUAAACAAAUAAAAAAGGUCAGUUUUGCUGCUUAGUGAAGGAAUUUAAAAAUCCACACUGGAAUUUGUGAUUAACAUUUAUGAACUGUAUGUUCUGUUGGCAUCCUUACAGGACUAUUUGUAUCUGGCCUGGAAAGACCCAAACCAGCUUUUGUAACACUGACAUUGUAAGAACUGUGGCUCUGAUUCAGCGUUUCUUUAUGAAACAUUUUGAACUACCUACAACUGUAUUAGCCAUUAUAUUUCAAUAUUAAUGGAAGAACAUGAUAUGUAUUCGAAAUUAUUUGCGAAAAUAUGUUAUCGUUUCUCAACACAGAAAGCCUACCUUUGGUGUUAGUUUCUUCUAAUAAAGCUGGAUCUUUCAUACACGUUAUAAAGAAAAGAGUUGACAGUAAGGUCUUGAUUGUGAUGUGUUGGUUAAAACAACUUGGAUUCCCCUGAGGGUUAGGUUAACAGUCAGUGACGGACAGCAGGCUUGAAAAGCCUACACGUCUUCCUGGCAUUAUUUUUAACUUCAAAAGGAGGUUCAUGUAAGGCUUUAAUAAAUAUAUUAUCAUUGUGUAAAA